UCCAGGAAGUUGGAGAGAAAUAUUAAAUAACUUUAUUUUAUUUAUUUUUCUCUUUCUUUAACGUUAACGACUCUUUUAGCCAUUUUAUCUAAGAAAGAAACCCGAGGGAACUAUACAGCUCUGCGUGGACUAAUAUAAUCUUUUUUUUUUAUUGCAUAUAAGGCUAUUCGCUCAAAAAUGCACUGUAUAGGCGGAACCUUGAUUUCAGUGUGCCUGUUGCAAUUUUUUUCGGCCGCUUAACGUUUGGGUUUGCGUGCGUCAUCGCACCUGCUAAGAAGACCCCCUCGGAGUGUCGUUUAGCACUCACUACUUCGCGUUGUUGUGCGUUUCCUAUAACAACAUCAGCUUACAGAUAACUUCGGAUGGGCAUAAGCGAUUGAGAUCAACAGGUGAAAACUUUCAGAAUUUCAGGGUCGUCUCAGCAGGUGCGUCCGAAGCAAAUGUCAGCGCAGGAUCUCAAGCAGCCCAGUUCUCUUCUUGCAACGCACUGAUCUGUACAACGACGGAGCUUGCAGUGAACUACAGCGUGUGAAACACCAGACAAGCAGAUCCCCGGCACUUUAAUGUCAUUUGGACAACAGUAGCAGAGGCAGAUCAUUACCUGUCAAGACCUCCAUGGCAAAUUAUGAUGUUAACAGGAGAUGGGACGCAUAUGAGACCUCUCAUAAAAGAGAUUUCAUCUAUAGGCCCAUCUCAUCUAUUCCAGUACUAAGGCCGAAAACAUCUGGCAAUAUCUAUAGAAAUUCAUACGCACUGGACGAUCCGGUUGGAUCAACUGCAUACAGUGAAGAUUUCUGCUGGAAGCCUGCGUCGAAGACUGCCUGCAUAAGAUCUGCCACAGCAUCAGGAAACCGAAGGAACAAUCCACACCCAAGCCAGGCAUUCAUGGUGUGGAGGCAUUCUGCGGAUCAAAUGAAAUGUUUUAGUGGUAGUUCCCCUCUUCAGCACGCUUUGACUGAGAAGGAAAUCCAAAAGGCUCUGAGUGCCCAGUACAGGUCCACCUACAGGACUGACUUUCUUGGAUUACCUCAAGGAAUUAUGAAAAACCAUGCAAUCUUUACAGCUUUUAACCGCAGCCAUGCUGUCCACUACUGUACCCAAACUGAAAUGAGACACAACUACUGCCCACCUAAACUGAAACUUGAGCUUCUGGGGAACAACUCUCGAUAUGGGUGCAAUAAGUUGCAUGGUGUGGCGGCGAGGGGUAUUGUUCCUACAGUGAUUCACAGUCACAUCAAUAACCAGGAAAACAGCCAACUGGAGACCACCUACAAUAAAUAUUUUGGAGGUUUUUUACCAGAAAAGAAGGAUGUGAAGACAUUGCACAUAACCAGCCACUCUGCUGAUGGACGUAAGGUGAAGAAGAACAAUGGCUUACUGGUGCAAACCCCUUCCACACUGGAGAGGAUGUCAGCUUGGCCUGGACCUUUAUAAAGAUGCCAUUUUAAACCAUGAAAAGCUAUAUGAAUAUGUGUGCUUUUUAGGCUUCUGAUUUUCUUUUUUAAAAAAAGUGCAUUUUUUGAAAUGGCCUUUAUGCAUCUUCGAAUGGUGUGCUAAAUAAAACACUGACAGUAAACCGAUAAUAAGCAUAAAUCAUUUUUACUGUACACAGUUCAUUUUUAUGAGAUUUGUUUGAGCCUC